UAACCCAACAACAAAAUACAAAACAGCACAUAAACGAAGAAUUAUUUAACUGAUUUUAUGUUAUCUUGUUACUAGCUAUUCUAGCGUUUUCAACAGAGUACUUAAUACUGAUUGAGAACGAAGUACCUAGUGUGUACUUGAUUUUCGAAGAAGACGAUAGCAACAUUUAAAAUGUCUAGUCCAGGUAAAAUUGGUAUUAUUGGAAGUGGUCUGAUUGGAAGAUCGUGGUCUAUGCUUUUUGCUGGAGCUGGAUUUCAGGUGACUAUUUUUGAUAUCGAACCUAAACAGAUUCAAGGCGCCUUGGCUGACAUUGAAACUCAAUUAAAUUCGUUACAAAAGGAGGGACUGCUAAGGGGCACCCUAAGUGCCGCACAACAAUUUUCAUUAAUAAAAGGUUCUACUGAAUUAGCAGAAACUGUUAAAAAUGCAGUUCUAGUACAAGAAUGUGUACCAGAAAAUUUAGAAUUGAAAAGGAAAGUUUGGAAAGAGAUCGACGAAAAUGUGGGGCCAAAUACAAUUUUAUCUAGCUCUACAUCGACCUUUGUUCCUUCCCUGUUUUCAGAAAAUCUUAAAAACAGGAAGAAUUUUAUUGUCUCGCAUCCUGUGAAUCCCCCUUACUAUGUACCACUCGUUGAAAUUGUACCCGCACCAUGGACAGACCCAUCGGUUACAAAGAAAACACGCGAAAUUAUGAUGCUGAUAGGACAAUCCCCUAUUGUUCUGAAUAAAGAAAUAAAUGGUUUUGUUUUAAACCGCUUACAGUACGCUCUUUUAAAUGAAGUUUUAAAUUUGGUAAAUGACGAUAUCGUAAACGUAGAAGAUAUAGACAAGGUAAUGGCAGACGGUUUAGGAUGGCGUUAUGCCUUUUUGGGUCCCUUAGAAACGACUCAUUUGAACGCUGAAGGUUUUAUCAAUUAUACCGAACGUUACGGUGAAAAAAUUUACAACCUUUGUAAGGAUGAAAUGAAACCAGCAAUUGAAUGGAAAGGACCACUUAUUAAGAAAAUUGCUCAGCAGUUGGAAGCUGAUGUACCACUUGAAGAAUUACAAAAAAGACGUAAUUGGAGAGAUCUAUGUCUGACCAAAUUAUCCCUUCUCAAGAAGGAACUUUUGAAAUUGAAGUGAUUAUGGUUUAUAUACAUAUAUAUAUNUAUAUAUAUAUAUUGUUCCUACACUUCUUCAUUAAAUGUGUGUAUUUAUGACAAUAAAUAUUGUAAAAAGGGCUUUACUUUUCUGA